AUGGUAUCGCUGCCCCAUGAAGUUCAAGGUGUGGCCGCUGCAGCCGGGUGUGCCAUUUUCAUCAAUAUGAACCUAGUGAUGAGCAAGUUCAUGAAAGGCUGGGAAUUACCUUACCUUUUCCUGGCUGGUUCAGCUGCCUUGGUGAUUGCCUUUGGCUUGGCGAUGGCCAUGCUUUUGCAGGGAGCUUGGUACCUGGAACGCAGGGAAGUGAAGUGGGUGAUGCUUUGUGGUUUCUUCGGCUGCAUCAACAGCGCCAUGAACCCCCUGGCGGUGCUCGCCGGCGCCGAUGUCGGCACUGUGGGCGCGCUAGGAAGCUUGAACACGGUGGUGGCGGCCCUGCUGGGAAGGCUCGUGCUGCAGGAGCCUUUGGGCAAAGUGCACCUCCUGGCGGUCGGUCUGAGCGUGCUGGGUGCUGUUUUCAUCUCUGAUCCCGUGGAGGCGGUGGCCAGCAUGGGUUCCAGCCUCUUGGGAAACAUGUUGGCGCUCUGCGGAGGAAUUGCUCAAGGUGGGAUCUUCAUUUGCGCCCGCAAGUCGGGUGGUGCUUCCUCGAUGAUGCUGAGCACUUCUGCUAUGACCCAGCGGUGGAUCGUCUUUUGGAUCUUGGCGUUUGCGGUGCCUGAUGGCAGAUUUCAGAGCUUAACCGCUUCGCCGGGCAACAGCGCGCUGCUGUUCCUGGGGCUCACCGUCAUCAUCUCGGCGGCGAAUCUUUUGACCAUGGUGGCUUCCAAGAAGUGUCCAGCCGCCUUAAGCUCCACGCUGAUGACCGGCUCCCAAAUGACCACAGGGUAUUUGUUGGACUUCGCUGUAUUUCAUUCGGUGCCCAAGGUGCGGACAAUGCUGGGCGCUACCCUCAUGUUCUUCUCAGUGGUGACCAUGGCGUUGACACGUUUGCCCGCAAAAUCCCAUGUGCCUGAGUCUACGAUGGAGGCCCGGACAUUAGAUGAGUGGAGAAUGGUGGAGAGGUUUUCGGCCCUGCCUGUCUUUUGA